UUCCUUGUUUAACUUUUCAGUCUCUUCACACGGAAGAGGAAAUAAUCUGCUUGAAAUUGGAGCUAAACAUGUUCGUCGUCAUUUCGCCGAUGUAAAACGACAUCGGCGAAAUGACGCCCUUAAUCUUUCUGAUUCUAGUGGGAAUUCAAGGUUCUACCGCAGUGACCCACUCUCUGAAGUAUUUCUACACGGCAUCUUCAGGAAUAGAAAACUUCCCAUCAUACGUCUCUGUUGGGUUGGUGGAUGAUGUUCAGAUAAGUUACUGUGACAGCAAAACAAAUAAAAAUAUUCCUAAACAGGAUUGGAUGGAUGAAGUGAGAUCAGAACAUCCAGAUUACUGGAAGGAGGAAACAGAGACAUGUCUGGUUAAACAGCAAACCUUCAAAAUCAGCCUAGAAACUGCUAAACAACGUUUCAACCAGACUGGAGGCGAACACAUAUAUCAGCAGAUGUAUGGCUGUGAGUGGGAUAAUGAGACUGGAGAGGUCAAAGUUUAUGAUCAGUUUGGUUAUGAUGGAGAAGAUUUAAUCAUACUGGACUCAAAUACACAAGAAUGGAUCGCUCCAAGAACACAAGCUGUCAUCACCGCAAACAAGUGGAAUAAUGACAGAUAUGAUUUAGAACAUGAGAAGAUCUACUUAACUCAUAUAUGUGUUGAGUGGCUGAAGAAAUAUGUGAAUUAUGGGAGGAGCUCACUGAUGAGAACAGUUCGUCCCUCAGUUUCUUUUCUCCAGAGGUUUUCCUCCUCUCCAGUCAGUUGCUUCGCUACAGGUUUCUACCCCAACAAAACAGAAAUGUUCUGGAGGAAAGAUGGAGAGGAGAUUCAUGAUGAUGUGGAGAAAGGAGAGAUUCUCCCCAACAAUGAUGGGACCUUCCAGAUGAGCAUUUAUCUUGAUCUUUCAUCUGUUCCACCUGAAGACUGGACGAGGUAUGAAUGUGUGUUUCAGCUCUCUGGUGUCAGAGAAGACCUUGUCACCAGACUGGAGAAAAACAAAAUCAAGACCAAUGAAGUAAAUUCAACCUUCAUGCUCAUCAUUAUUAUUGUGUCAGUGAUAAUCUUUGGAUUCAUUGCUGCGGCUGGAUUCAUUCUUUACAAAAAGAAAACUGGACGUAAACGUGCUGUCAUUUCUGAUGAAAUGAAGCCUUCGACCUCAAGAUCAGAGACUUUGAUCUCAAGAUCAGAGAUUUUGACCUCAAGCCUACAGACUUUGACCUCAAGCCUACAGACUUCAUCUUUAACUAGUAUCAGUUCAGACGACAGCAAAGGCAGUUCCUCAUGAGAUAAACCAUUGUUACAACG